CUGAGUCACAAUGAACAUUUCUAUGUUUAAAGCCGGGUUUGUCUAAAGAAAACUGGCUAAACUAACAGAAAUCCUCCAGAAAGUUUAGCCAUGGAUCAUGGAUCUGUUUUCACAUUGUCUCUUAAUAUCUAAACAACAGCAGAUUGCAUCAAGAUUUGUAUGAAAGGUUAAAUAAAACUGGCCUGUUUAAUAAAAGGAAAUGUUUGAUAUUUUCCAGCUGAAUUUGUUGGUUGUUCUCGGUCAGGUGGACAGCCUGAAGGUGAUGAGGAACCGUGUUGAUGAAUCGUUCCUGUUCUCUAAUGACGCCAUUCUGUCAUGUUUUCCUCAGGAAUCCUCAGCGUAGCGUCCAUGUUGGCGCCGCCAUGCUUCUGUGGCAGAUCCACACCCUCCACCACCUGGACACGUCUGGCUUCGGUCGUCCUUUUCCUCGCCACGGCCUCCAGCUGCUGUUUUGGUUCUCCAACCACUGCGUGACCUUUGAACCGGACAACUCUGGGGACGUCAUGAAGCUGGUGUCGGGGUGUCAGCCGGAGAACGGGGCUUUCGGCUUCCACAGGUUUGGGAACAUGGAGGAACUUCUGCCUGUUCUCCUCAAACCCAAGAAGAACAAGAGCAGCAGGCAGCUGGUUUACUUCGUGGUCGGGAACCUGAGCACCCAGUCUUACCCGCGGUCCGCCGACCUGCCGCCGUUCGUCCGGGAGAACCUCGGGGCGGGCGGCGUCUCCAACAGCGACCGCAUCAUCAUCAGUUACCAGGUGAAGACCCGGCUGGUGGACAAGGUCUACAUCACAGAACACGAAGACGCUGCUGCUGGACGGUUCCGAUCCGACGGAACUCAUGAGGUCAGCUCGCAACUGAUCCGACUUCUGCAGAACCCGCAGCUGGACCUCAGCUCCCUCCUCACUCAGAUGGGUUACUAUGACGAGGUAGUGAUGCUGCAGGACGCGGAGAACCCUUCAGUCCAGAUGAUGCUCAGCAUGAUGCAGAACGAUCCGACCGAGUUCUUCUCCCAGGCCUUCAAUCGCCAGCUGGACCUGGACCAGUUCUGCUCCAGCACUGACCCAGAUGGCAGCGGGAGCCUGGUGACUUACACCACCCUGCAGAAGAAGAAGAAGAAGAAGAAGAAGAGCAAAGCAGCAAGAAACCGAAACCUCGGAGGGAACUUUCCCUGCGCUCCAGCUGGUUGGAUCCAUACCGAGAUUAUUAUGAAGAUUACUGGAGCAGGUCCAGUUAUGGAUAUGAAUCUGGUUAUGGAUCCAGUUAUGGAUCUGGAGGCAGCCAUGGUAAAGGAAGCGAAGGCGGAUUUUCCUGGUUCCUGAAACUCUUCCUGAAAGCCGGAGCGCUCUACCUGGCAGCCAGAUGUUUGUUCUGGUUCCUCAGGAACAUCUGGAGCUCUAACUGGGAUGACAAGCUCCUCCAGCGGAUUCCAGGCUGGACUUCUCCGUAUCCCAGUUAUCCACGAACUCACAUCAUGCUGGACUAUGUUUACUAGACCUGUCAGGACUUUGACUAGGACGAAUUCUGAGUUCCUGCUUCAAAUGAUGCCGGUUGAAGACUCAAGAUGAGGAUUUUAAUGAUUCUAAAGUGAUUUUAUGUUUUUUCUAUCUUGUUUCAAAGCCAUUAUUUCUGAUUUCUUUCUUAAAGUUGAUGAAAACAUUUAAUUUAAGAUUAUAAUACUAUGUUAGACCAAUAAUGAGAAAAAAUGUGGAUUUUGUGAAAAAUGUUAACAAAUGAGCCUCUUCUGAACAUAUUUUCUGAUUUAUUGAUUAUGACUGUAUAUUCCAACAGGAGAAAAUUGUGUGGAAGGAAAAAAGUAGAUAAAUAGUGUGAUUGAAUCUGAGUGCAAAUCUAUCGAGGGUGUAAAACACCAGCAGCUCCUCCUCCCUGAGGAUCCUCGUCUGGGUGAAGCAGAAAAACUUUCCUUCAGCACAGAAAUCACAAAACAUGUCUAAUUUCUCUCUGGGCCUUCGAACCGGUCUGUUCAGCCAAAAUGUUAAUGUGGUGGUAAACACUUUUAUUUUCAUGUUUUGUUGGUGAAAUGUUGACAUUUUCAUUCAGAUUCAAACAGAAUCAAAUAUGUUUUAGGCUCCUAAACGACUGACAGGCUUGUGAUUCAUCACCACAGAGAUCAGGUCGCACAGCAGGAGCUUUUUAUGCUCCUUCAUCACGUCCAAUUAUUCUGCUGCGUCUGAUUUAUUCAGUAAUAAUUCAGACUGGCUGAAAGUGUUUAACCACCAGGGGGAGCUCUCGCGCUACUGCCAUGUUUGGUUUCAUGUGCUCUGAUCAAUGAUCAAUUGGUUUGUGUUUGAAUUCAGAUUUUUCUUGGUUUAUUACCAUUGAGGAUUUUCCAGACUUGUCUUGCCAUAAUCCCUUUAUCUGACGUAUUAUUGUUGUUAAGGUCUUGCCAUAAUCCCUUUAUCUGACGUAUUAUUGUUGUUAAGGUCUUGCCAUAAUCCCUUUAGCUGACGUAUUAUUGUUGUUAAGGUCUUGCCAUACCCUGUUCACGCCUUUAUGUUUUUGGGUUGUUUUAGUUUCUUUUACUUUGCAGAUCAGGUGUUUGUUCCUCCUCUGGGUUCAUAGAUUCUUUCAUGUUCUCUCUACCAGCCUGAACAACCAGAUCAACGUUCCUUCAGAACAUUUCACGCUUAAAGCUCUUCUUUUGUUUUGAACAUCACAUAAGAACAAAAGUUUUGUCCAGAAAAUGCAUCUAGAAAACUCUGGAAGAACUCUGAUGAAUGGCUGCUCGGCUGUUCUCCGUCACUCUGACUGUCCUCACCUUUCUCUGCUGCUCUUCUCUCUCAUGGCUCAACACUCUGCUUGCUUGAUUUGUUUUUAUUUCUGUAUUGAAUAUGAACAUCCAGAUCUUUAGAAAACCGAAACUGCUUUGUAAAGUUUUGCCAGCAGAUCCAAACAUGUUUCUGUCUCAUCUCUUUGUUUACCUGCAGAAGGUUCUGGAGGAUUUAUCAGAGGCUGAA